UGCUCUGUCCCUCCAUCCAUCAUCCUCUUCUCUUCACCAUCAUUAAUUAAUGAGCUUCCUUUUUAGUCUCGAGAACAAGAAUCUUGUUGUUGCUGGAUCCUCCUGUUCUCGUAGGUUGAUUAACUCCCAACUUUCUGUUAAGAAUCUCCAUUGAAGAUUCAUUUCCGGGUCUCAUGGAGGUGACGAACAGAAGCGGUGCGGAGGGGAAAGAGAUUAAUGAAGUGGUUGUCGUGAUCUCAGGGGGGGAACGUCAGUGCAACUCCUCCCCAAGUGCUCAGACAGGUCCUUCCUCGAGGGCGACUGCCGGGCUGACAAGGCUCAAUACUCGCUUGAGUGGCUGUUCUCCUCAAGAGUCUGUCAAAUCCAGCCCGUGCCCGACUCCGGGUAAGCCCCCAAGGUCCCCGGGCCCAGCCGGCACGCUGACCAGGAGGACUAUUUUGAGGUCCUCGUUCUCGAAGCCAAAAUCGAGGUUCGAGGAGCCCAAGUACACAACUAAUGUGGAGGAGAAGACCCGGCUGAAGAAUUGGAGUGCUUCACCCAUUAGGAGCUCGCCGCAGAACAUGAAUGUGAGAGUGGGCUCCCCGAAAGAUAAUAUAAAGUCCGUCCCGGUGACGCCCCGGACACCUUCGAUCCUGCUGGGCAGUGAUGGGGAGGACGAGGAGGACGAUGAGGACGAUGAGGUUUACAAGACAGCAAACCUCAAAGUUCAGGAAAUGUGUAGUAAUAAGAAGUACAAUAAGGCUGUCUUGUUGGAGUGGGCGGCAUUUGUGUGCAUAAUGGGUGUUUUGAUUGUGAGCUUAACGGUGCACCGAAUGCGUUACACGGAGAUUUGGGGCUUGAGACUGUGGAGAUGGUGUGUUCUCGUUUUAGUAAUAUUCUGUGGGAGAUUGGUCAGUGAGUGGUUUAUUAAUGUGCUUGUGUUUCUGAUUGAGAUUAACUUUUUGCUCAAGAAGAAGGUUCUGUACUUUGUUUUCGGGCUAAAAAAGAGCGUCCAAGCAUUUCUAUGGAUCGCUCUGGUCCUCUUAGCAUGGGGCCUUCUGAUAAGUCGGAGCACCAAGCGGUCGAAGAACACAAUGAGGAUCGUAAACCAUAUCACUAGAGGUUUGGCUGCCGGUCUCAUCGGGGCAGCUAUAUGGUUAGUUAAGACUCUCCUGAUAAAGCUGCUGGCCUCUUCUUUCCAGUGCAAGAGAUUCUUCGAUCGGAUUCAGGAAUCGAUCUUUCAUCAGUAUAUUGUAAGGACGCUCUCUGGCCUGCCGCUUAUGGAGAUGGCUGAAAGGGUUGGGAAGUCUGAUAGUAGUGGGAGGCUGAGCUUUAGGAAGGUGAAGAAGGAUAGCGCCCGAGAGGAUGUGAUUGAUGUGGACAAGCUGCACACAAUGAAGCUGGGCAAGGUCUCUGCUUGGACCAUGAAGGGUUUGAUCGAUGUGAUCGGUGGGUCUGGGCUUUCUACACUUUCUGAGACGCUGGAUGAUGAGGAUGAUGAUGAGGGGAAGAAGAAUAAGGAGAUCACGAAUGAAUGGGAGGCGAAGGCUGCAGCAUAUCGAAUCUUCAUGAACGUUGCCAAGCCUGGUAGCAAAUAUAUCAAGGAAGAGGACCUCUUGCGAUUUAUGGAGAAGAAGGAUGUCGAUAACGUGAUCCCGUUGUUUGAAGGAGCAGCUGAAAAGAGAAAGAUCAAGAGAUCAGCUUUGAAAAACUGGUUGAUCAAGGUAUACCGAGAACGCAAAUCCCUUGCCCAUUCCUUGAACGAUGCCAAGACCGCGAUAGAGGAGCUGAACAAGCUGGUUUCUGGAAUUUUAGUAAUCGUGAUCAUUAUCGUGUGGUUGCUCAUGAUGGGAUUCCUGACCACUGAAGUACUUGUUUUCAUCUUAUCUCAACUCCUGCUUGCGGUGUUUGUGUUUGGCAACACUGCAAAGACUGUCUUCGAAGCAAUCAUAUUCGUGUUCAUGAUGCACCCAUUUGAUGUGGGUGAUCGUUGCGUGAUCAAUGGAGUUCAGAUGGUGGUUGAAGAGGUGAACCUUCUGACGACUGUCUUCCUGAAAUACGAUAACGAGAAGAUAUUCUAUCCGAACUCGGUCCUAGCGACAAAGCCCAUCAGCAACUUUUACAGGAGCCCAGAGAUGACCGACUCUGUGGAGUUUGCUAUAGAUUUCUCCACUUCCGUCGAGAGUAUUGCCGCUCUCAAGGGUAAAAUAAAAUCGUACAUAGACGGUAAGCCCAAACACUGGCAUCCCGGGCACAGUGUGAUGGUUGAGGAGAUCGAAGAUGUGAACAAGUUGAAAUUGCGCCUUUCCGUGACUCACACGAUAAACUUCCAGAACUACGGUGACAAGAGCAGUAGGAGAUCUGACCUCAUCUUGGAGCUGAAGAGAAUCUUCGAGGGGCUUAACAUUAAGUAUCAUCUCCUGCCUCAAGAGGCUGUUGUCAGUAACGCCGGGCCAUUAGCUGCCUCCGCCCGGUGACACGACCAGAAGGCAACAUACGCCGCACUCGUCCAAGAGGAUGUGCCUUGUUUUAGGAAACAGAUGUACUUUGAAUGGAUUGCAGAAUCAAACUGUGAAGGAACAGAAACUCUGAUGCGAUCAACCUCGGAGCAGCUCAUGAGGGAUUUCAUGUUCUGUAUAUUUCGGGGUCAAAAUUCAUCGUCCUAUGCUUUCUUUCCUUGUCGAGAAUUUUUUACCGAUGGCGCAGUAGUGAUUUUCGCAAUUAUACCUGACUAUACUCUCGUCCUUUUGCUCCUUUACGGUUCAAAUUGAACCUUCUUGUAUUGGGUAAUGGUAUCAAAUGUCUUCCCAUCUUCGUCACAAA